AAUAAUGAUCAGUUAUAUAGAGGGUGGAAAGAACACGGAUCAUUAAUGUUGAAAGAGAAAAUCAUGUGUGUUCUUGUGCUCUUGUCUGGAAAAAUUUCGUUCUUUAGGUUAUCUUCAAAGGGUUGAAAAUGAUAAAUAUCACAUGAUUAAGUAUUAGCUUAUUAACUAAUGAAAAAUUAGUAGGCGGAUUAAGAAAUUGAAAAAAAAUAAUGAGGACCACCAUGAGUGUCUAUUGAAGCUGCUUCAUCAUAAACAAAGAUAAAUCCGUUUCAUGCUUGGAAAGAGCCAUGGACCAUUCACCAUCUCUGCAUGCAGUAUCUAUAUAACUCUACAUAUAUAUUUGCAGGUUGUGAUCAGACAGGGUUUUCAAGCUUAGUAAAGCUAUGGGAGGAGCUGCAUGGACUAAAGAAGAAGAUUACUUGCUCAGAAAAUCUGUAAUGCAAUAUGGAGAAGGGAAAUGGCAUCUCAUCCCUCUAUUGGCUGGUCUAAACAGAUGCCGGAAAAGCUGUAGACUGAGAUGGUUAAACUAUUUACGUCCAAACAUCAAGAGAGGGAGUUUUGCAGAAGAUGAAGUGGAUCAAAUCAUUGAGCUCCACAGACUUUUUGGUAACAGGUGGUCACUAAUUGCUGCUAGACUACCAGGAAGAACAGCUAAUGAUGUGAAGAACUAUUGGAAUUACCAUUUGAGUAGAAGAUUCAAUUCACAAGAUGAAAACAAACACAAACAAAUCACUAGAAAAAAUACUAAUAUUCAUGCAAAACCAAAUUCUUCUACCAAUUCCAAAUCAAUUAGAGAAAUCUCACAAGUUAAACAACAAGAUAUCAGCACAUCAACAGCACCAAUGGAGGGCUCUGGUCAACUGGUAGUUGAAGCAGAAUGCAGUGAUCAGCAGUUGCAGGCCGAUGAAGAUGGUACAAAUGGAGGCAAUCAAAACUUUGAAGCCAAAAAUUUGUGCGAUGAGGAUUUCAAGAUUCAAGAUGUUAGAGAUGAUAGAAUUGAGGGUUUUAGCCAGUGGGAUUGGGAUGAUUGGAUACUGGGUAUGGAUUUGUGGAAUGGAACAUUGUGAUCAAUGGGUGAUUUUCUUUUAAUUUAAUUAUUCUGGAUUACUGUUUAUUGAGUAAUUAUAAAUGUGUGAUUUAAAUGUUUAUGUUAAGAUAUUAUAAGUUGAGA